GUUAGGAACGCGCUGUAGUUGCCGGCAUGACCCGAGUCGAGAAGGCGUUAAAUGUACUGCUCCAGGAGGCGGAGGAGCUGUGUAUCGGGAGCAGCGUGGUAGAGCUCGACAGGAUUCCAACGGCCCUGGAGUUCUGCCGCGAUUACUACUCCAAAAACCAGCCGGUGGUCAUUCGCCAGGCGCUCUCGUGGCCUGCAAUCGGGAAAUGGACGCCGGAGUACCUGAUCCAGGCUCUCGGGGACAAGAUUGUGGACGUGGCCAUCACGCCGAAUGGCUAUGCCGAUGGCCUGGCCACGCAGAAGGGACAGGAGUACUUCGUCCUGCCGCUGGAGACGACAAUGAAGCUGUCCGAACUGGUCCGCCGUCUGGAUGAUCCCACAGGAGCCGUCCAUUACAUCCAGAAGCAGAACUCCAAUCUUAGCGUGGAUCUGCCGGAACUGGCCACCGAUCUGCGGAUUGGUGAUCUGAAUUUUGCAGAGCAAUCUUUCAAUAAACCUCCCGAUGCCGUCAACUUUUGGCUAGGCGACGAGCGCGCCGUGACCUCCAUGCACAAGGAUCCCUACGAGAACCUGUACUGCGUGAUAUCUGGUCACAAGGACUUCAUCCUCAUCCCGCCGCACCAGCUGAGUUGUGUGCCCCGGGGGCUUUAUCCCACGGGCGUUUACAGGACCUCGGAUAGUGGUCAGUUCCACAUAGAACCCAUACGGGAUGAGGAGGGCACCGAGCAGCUGACAGAAUGGGUAAGCAUCGAUCCCCUGGCCCCCGACCUAGCCGCAUAUCCGGAGUACGCCCGCGCCAAGCCGCUCAAGGUGCGCGUUCAUCCCGGAGACAUCCUGUACCUGCCCAACUACUGGUUCCAUCACGUGUCCCAGAGCCACAAGUGCAUCGCAGUGAACUUCUGGUACGACCUGGACUACGACAGUCGCUACUGCUACUACCGCAUGCUGGAGCAGAUGACAACUGGCAGGGGCAACUAGACCAGUAGCAUCCUAGUUGCAUGUUUCCUCAGGAAUAGUUAUCAAAAUGAAAGUCUUGUUGUCUUCAGUGUAUAUAUAUAUAAUUGUUACAUAAUUUAAUGUUAAAUAAAAAACUAUAUGCCAAAUGAAA